AGUCAUCGGCCGGCGGAUCGCGCCGUAUGGCCGCGCCAUUUAAAAAAUUAAACUCAUUCGUAAAAUUCGCGAUAAACUUUGAAUAUUUUUUUAUUAAAUUUCAAAUUUAGUUGAUUUAUCGAAACUUUUACAUACGACACUAAAGACGAUGCUCAAAAUAGGCGGUGGCGCGGUGCUCCUCGCAGCGAUCAUCGCAGUAUUUGUAGUGGCCACGCAGGGUCGCGAUCCGGAAUUGGAAGCAUUAGAGCACGAGGGUAGAGAGUACAUCUUGCAAUUGGAUAAAGCUGCUGGCUUGAGAAAAAACAGAGCGAAUCUAGCCGAGUGGAAUUAUACAGCGAAUAUCACCAAAGAAAAUGAAGAGAAAUGGAUACAACUGAGGCUAGAAAUAUCGAAGCAGGAUAAACUGGCAUGGGAAGAAACGAAAAUGUACAAAUGGCAGGGCUUUCAAGAUAAUUCACUUAAGAGGAUGUUUAAGAAGUACAGCGAGUUAGGUGUGGCGGCGUUGCCUGACGACAAGUACAAGCAGCUGAUGAGGAGUGUCUCAGGAAUGGAGGCGAACUACGCCACCUCGAAGAUAUGCUCGUUCAAGAACGAGACUAAGUGUGACUUAGCCUUGGAACCCGAUAUUACGGAGAUUUUCGCAAAGAGCUUGGACCCCGAAGAACUGAAACACACAUGGGUGGAAUGGCACAAAGCUGCUGGUGCCAAGGCUCGUAGCAAUUUCACACAGUAUGUGCAACUUUACAACGAAGCAGCAAAACUUAAUGAUUAUAAAGACGUAGCCGAUUGGUGGCAGGCAGAUUAUGAGGUGCCAAACUUUGAGGAGCAGUUAGCCAAAUUAUGGGACGACGUGAAGCCCCUGUACCAACAGCUACAUGCGUACGUCAGGAAGCGAUUGAGAGACAAGUAUGGUGACCACGUCGUAUCUGCAAAAGGACCUAUACCAGCUCAUUUGUUAGGUAACAUGUGGGCACAGACAUGGAACAAUAUUGAAUCGUUCACUCGACCGUAUCCGGAUAAGAAGGAGUUAGACAUAACGCAAGCGAUGAAGGAUCAGAAGUACACGCCGUUGAAAAUGUUCCAAAUGUCAGACGAGUUCUUCAGGUCGUUGAAUUUGACGGCGAUGCCAGAGAAGUUCUGGAAGAAUUCUAUCAUUGAGAAACCUACUGAUAGAGAAAUAGUGUGCCAUGCUUCCGCCUGGGACUUUUACGACGGAGAAGACUUUAGGAUCAAAAUGUGCACCAGGGUGGCCGGAGAGCAACUGAGGACUGUACAUCACGAGAUGGGACACGUUCAAUACUAUUUGCAGUACAGACACCAACCGUUCGUGUUCCGUGAAGGCGCUAACCCAGGAUUUCAUGAAGCAGUGGGUGAUACUAUAGCCCUAUCAGUGUCAUCUCCUAAGCAUUUACGUAGCAUCGGCCUCAUCAACGGUGACGCGGAAGAUGAACAGACAGAAAUUAAUCAACUUUACAAAAUGGGUAUAGAUAAAAUAGUGUUCCUCCCGUUCGCGUACACCUUGGACUUGUUCCGUUACGGCGUGUUCAGAGGUUCUACGCCUCCAGAAGAUUACAACUGCCACUUCUGGAGACUGAGGGAAGCUCUGCAGGGAGUGGAGCCGCCUGUCAACAGGACUGAAGAAGAUUUCGAUGCAGCUGCCAAGUAUCAUGUGUCGGCCAAUGUUGAAUAUGCAAGAUACUACGUAUCGUUUAUAAUCCAGUUCCAAUUUCAUCGAGCGCUGUGCAACAUCGCCGGAGAAUAUGUUCCCGAAGACGUCACCAGGAAACUAGUAGACUGCGACAUUUACCGGAGCGUCGCCGCUGGAAAUGCGCUAGCUAAUAUGCUGAAGAUGGGUUCGUCCAAGCCGUGGCCGGACGCGAUGGAGGCGCUGACGGGGCAGCGCGCGAUGCGCGCCGACGGCCUGCUCGAGUACUUCCGCCCGCUGUACGACUGGCUGCUCGCCGAGAACCAGCGCACAGGCGAACACAUCGGCUGGCAACCCAGCAACAUACAAUAUUGUACAAACGAGCAAUUGGCGGCGUUAAGUGCGAAGGAGGCGGCACGUACGUCACCCUCCUCGUGACUGCGCGGUACUUACCUUACGUUAGGAUAAUUUUAGAAUGACAGUAUUCAUAAUUAAAUGUUUUUUAGU